AUGUCUCCGAUCAAUGUUUCAGAAGUUGCACCAUUUUUGGCCUUUGUGUUAAUAAUGAUGUUUGCUGAGAAAAUUCCUGUCCAUCUGAUUUUCGUUGCCAUGUGCUCUGUUACAUAUGUCAUCAGACAGCAACUUACUGCAGAACUCGACGCACGUAUGGAAAGAUUAACCGCGGAUCUUACAUCACGAGAUGUCACAAUUGUGGUUGAGAGACAGAGAAUCCUGACAAUG